AUGUGCGGAAUAUUCGCGUACUUGAACUGCGGGGUGCCGAAAACGAAGAAGGAAAUCGUGGAGAAGUUACUCGUUGGUUUGAAACGAUUGGAAUAUCGAGGGUACGAUUCCGCCGGGUUUGCCAUGGACGAUAACGAGAAAUGGUGCGAAGACGAUGAUGAUGAUGAUGAUGAUGAAGAAGAAGGUGGAGAUAAAAAAAGACACGACGCGAAGAAAGUCAUCGUGUGCAGAGAAGUCGGGAAGAUUGCCAACUUGGAAGCGCUGGCGAGGAAGGAACUGUUUGGCGAAGACGAUGAUGACGAGAAUGAAGUUAAGGCGUCUAAAAGUAAGAGCAGCAACGGGAGGAAGAAGUCGUCGUCCUCGAUUAAGCCUUUAGAUUUUUGCGCGAGCAUCGCGCACACGCGGUGGGCGACGCACGGACCGCCGAAUAAAAUCAACACGCACCCGCACACCUCGGACUCGCGAGAAAAUGAAUUCGUGGUGGUGCACAACGGAAUUAUUACGAACCACGCGCCGUUAAGGGCGAUGUUAGAAAGAAGAGGGAUGAAAUUUGAAACCGAUACGGAUACGGAAGUUAUACCGAAACUCUGUAAAUUUUUGAGCGAUAAGUUUGAGGAGAGCGGCGAGAAAGACGUGACGUUUCGUCAGUUGGCGAUGGAAGUAACGCGACAGUUGCAAGGCGCGUAUGCGUUAGUAUUUAAAUCGACAAAGUACCCGGGAGAACUCGUCGCCGCGAAGAGAGGCUCGCCGUUGUUGAUGGGCAUCUCCGACGACAGCGGCGAGGUUUCCUGCGUCAUCGACGGAAACCUUUCCGACGGCGCAGAGGAGGACGUUCUUCUUAAAAAAGCUAGCGGUAAUAAGAAGCGGAAAUCUAUGACAGGAGGAGCAGCAGCUGCUGCAGCAGCAGAUGCGGAUACGACGACGACGACGAGAAUUACUACUACUACUACCACUACUACAAAUAAUCCAAAAGUUGAAUUUUACUUCGCCUCGGAUGCGAGCGCGAUGGUUGAGCACACUAAACGCGUAUUAGUUCUCGAAGACGACGACGUGUGUCACUGCCACGACGGCACGUAUAAGAUUUAUAAAGUCGAGAAGCAAAAGCAUCCGCACCCUGGGUACACCUCUGGGCACGAUUCACCGGAGUACGGGUUAUAUAAACCGGUCGUUUUGAGUAAAGAAGUCGAACGCACGAUUGAAACGUUAGAAAUGGAAGUCGAAUCAAUCAUGAAGGGCGAAUUCGAUCACUUCAUGCAAAAAGAAAUUUUCGAACAACCGGAGGCUAUUUCGAGCACCAUGAGAGGACGAUUGGUGUUGGACGUUCUCGGUGCAGCAGAGAGAGUAAUGCUAGGGGGCAUGUCCCAGUUCGCGGCGACGAUUCGGCGCUCUCGUCGCAUCAUCUUGUGCGGUUGCGGUACGUCCUACAACUCCGCGAUUGCCAUCCGACAGCUGUUCGAAGAGCUCACGGAGCUUCCGGUAACUUUAGAGCUUGCGAGUGAUGUUUUAGAUAGACGGUGUCCAUUUUUUAGAGACGACACGUGCAUUUUCAUCUCGCAAUCGGGUGAAACGGCGGAUACGCUGAAGGCUUUAGAAUACGCCAAGGCAAAAGGCGCGUUGUGCGUCGGCAUCGUCAACACGGUUGGGUCGGCGAUAUCGCGAGCGACGGAUUGUGGCGUCCACAUUAACGCGGGUGCCGAAAUUGGCGUAGCGAGUACAAAAGCGUACACUUGUCAAAUAGUCGCGAUGGUUUUGGUGGCUUUAUCUUUGAGCGAAGACUCGCGCUCGAAGCACACGAGACGGGAUGACAUCAUGCAAGGUUUGCUCAAACUUCCCGGGUGCGUGAAAGAGUGCUUAAAAAUGGACGCGAUAUUGUUAGAGUUGGCGCAAGAGUUAAAAGAGGAACACAGUUUGCUCAUUUUUGGGAGAGGUUUCAAUUACGCCACGGCUUUAGAAGGCGCGUUGAAGGUGAAGGAAGUUGCGCUCGUGCAUUCGGAAGGUAUUCUCGCCGGCGAAAUGAAGCACGGUCCGCUCGCUUUGGUAGAUAAGCACAUGCCGAUUAUUGUAGUGUGUACGAACGAUGGGAGUUACGAGAAGCAACAGUCGGUCGUGCAACAACUCAAAGCGCGAGACGGGCGGUUAAUAUUAAUCGUUUCAGAUGACGACACGGAGAUGGAGAAAACGGCGCCAGACGCGGUCAUUCUGCGAGUCCCGAAAGUCGAAGAUUGUUUGCAAGCGGUGGUCAACAUAGUUCCUUUACAGUUGUUGAGUUAUCACUUGACCGUCUUGAGAGGGCAUAACUGCGAUCAGCCCCGAAAUUUGGCAAAAUCCGUCACGGUAGAGUAA